UGACGUGAAAACUCAAAAUUGAGAAGCAACGCCCGCAGAAUAAGACGAGAUAUCGAAUCGCCUGCGACAAGAUAAACUCAUCGUCACCGAGAGAGCUCUUCCUUCCCUACUGGCUCUCGAUCUGGUCUCCUACUCCGGUUUCUAGCUUCGCAGUUCGAUUCUGGGAGCGAGCUAGGGUUGCUGCAUCGGGGAUGGUGAGGGGGGCGAGGAGUUGCUUGCAGUCGGCGCUGAAGUUGAUGAACUCGGUGAUUGGUUUGGCGGGGAUGGGAAUGAUCCUCUACUCGCUGUGGAUGAUUCGGUCGUGGUACAAGGGCAUCGACGAUGGCUACUCCUUCAGCGCCGUUUCUUCUCCUCCGUGGUUCAUUUUCACUUUUCUUGGACUUGGAAUCUUCCUUUGUUUGAUAACAUGCGUGGGCCACAUUGCUGCAGAAACAGCUAACAGCCACUGUCUUUCUUGUUACAUGAUAUUCCUCUUUCUGUUACUCAUCUUGGAGAGUGCAAUUACUGCUGACAUACUUCUGAACAAAAAUUGGGCGGAGGAUUUCCCAGAGGAUCCAACGGGCAAAUUUGAUGAAUUAAAGAAAUUUGUGAGAUUAAAUUACAAAAUGUGCAAAUGGAUAGGUUUGUCGAUCGUGGCUGCACAAGCGUUAUCUAUCAUCACAGCGAUGGUGCUCAAAGCUCUCGGACCAGACUGCGAAAUCGACUAUGAUAGCGACGACGACUUUGUAACUGCUCGUUUGCCUCUUUUGAGAAACCAGGUUUUGCAAACUGGUAACGACUCAAUAUCCUGACAGCAAAGAAGGAUUCCUGGAAUACCAAACUCUGAAACAUUUUGUCAAUCAGCUAGCACCUCCUCCAGAAGAAUAUUACAUUUUGGUUUGGAGUCUCUUAGUUAUUUAUUAGUAUUAGCAUUGUAAUUUUUAUACUUAAAGAGUGUGGCAAGGUGCUUGAUCAAAGAUCAUAUCUCAAAAUUAGAGCACAAGGAGCGUUGGUAUUGAAUUGGCUGGAUUUAGAGUUGCCUGAGAUUAAGUUCAUAUCAUUGGUUUAGUUUCCGGAGUUGCACUCAAUUUUCCGGUUCGGUUCGGUUCAGAUUCACGCGAUAUAGCUUGGCACCGCCGCCACAGUUCGCCCGUUCACGUCCUCACCGCGAUGGCGGGUGGCGCCUUCGCCGCUGCUGCCCGCCUCCCCACGCUCUUUCGCCGCUUCAAGGUCACCUCCGCUCAGCACGUGGCCGCGCGACACCUCGAUCCCACCUUCGAGAAGCUGAUGGAAGGCUACAAGCACCUCCUGAAGGCGGUAGCAGUCCAGGACCUGAUCCUCGCGUCCCCCGCCGCGUCCCUCCCGUUUCCCCUCCUUUCCUCCGCCGCGCCUCGCCUCCACCUCUCCCGCGGCGCCGCUUACUUCGUCCGCGCCUUCCCCCGCGUCUUCUCCCUCGUCUACGACCCCUUCGCCUCUCAGCCAGUGGUGCGACUCACGCCCGCCGCCGCCCGCAUCGCCUCCGACGAGUCGGCCGCCUCCUCCGCCUCCGACGCCGCAGACCGCCUGCGCAGGCUUCUCUGCAUCUCCUCCUCCCGAUGCCUCCCUCUGCGCGCGAUCUUCAAGGUUUGGCGCGAGCUCGGCCUCCCCGACGACUUCGAGGACUCGGUCAUCGCCAGGAAUCCCACCGUCUUCGCCCUCCGCACGAACCCUAGAGAGCCCAACACUCACCUUCUCGAGCUCAUCGACCAACCCCCGGCUUCCAAAUUCAUUUCGGCAGCGGAAGAUCGUCGCCGCCGGGAUCAUGGAUCGGCGGAGGAUCCCGAUUGGAAAUUCGCGUUCAAGCUAGGGUUCCCUCCAGGGAUGAAAUUGACCAAGAACUACCGCGCGAAAUUAAAGCAGUGGCAGAGGCUGGCGUACCUGGACCCAUACGGCAACGGAGCGGCGGCGAAGCAAGCGACGGCGCGGGAGAAGAGGGCGGUGGCGAUAGCGCACGAGUUCCUGAGCUUGACGGUGGAGAAGAUGGCGGAGGUGGAGAAGGUGAGCCAGUUCAGGAAUUGGAUGGGCAUGGAUCUGAACAUACGGGAUCUGUUCCUGGACCACCCGGGGAUCUUCUACCUGUCGACGAAAGGCAAGCGGCACACGGUGUUCCUCAGGGAGGCCUACGAGCGAGGGAGGCUGAUCGAUCCGAAUCCGAUCUACGAGGCACGCCGGCGGCUACUUGAAUUGGUGCUGAUGCGGCGCCGAGGAAUGGGCGGCGAUGGUAGGGAGGAAGAGGAGAAGGAGGAGGAAGGUUAGUCGUCGGAUCCAGAGGAUACAGUUGCGCAUUAGCGAAUGAAUAAGAGUUGCGUUCAAGGUCUGAUAAAUUAUAAUAAUUCAUUGAUGUUUAUGAUUCUUUUUCUAUAAAUCUAAACAUGAGAUCAAAUUAUGAUGAAAUAUGACUGUGAUAUGUGCAAUCUAAUGAGUUGGACAUUACAAAAUAUA